AUGAGCGAUCAAACCCAGCAACCAUUUCAGGCCGAAGUCCGCCAACUUCUCGAUAUUGUCAUUCAUUCCCUCUACACGGAUCGGGAGAUCUUUGUGCGUGAGUUGAUUUCGAAUGCUUCUGAUGCGCUAGAGAAAAUGCGCUUGAAGCAAUUGACCGAGAACGAAGUUUUUGACGACCAGUUGCCGUUGGAGAUCAAUAUUUCGACGGAUGAAACGGCAAAAACAAUUACCAUUUCUGACACCGGAAUUGGAAUGACACGGGAGGAGUUAGAGAAAAACCUUGGGACCAUUGCACGCUCGGGAUCGAAGGAAUUUAUAGAAUCGCUGAAGGAAAAAGGCGAUGCGAAUGCUUCGGUGAUUGGGCAGUUUGGGGUUGGUUUUUACAGUGCUUUCAUGGUGGCGGAUCGAGUGGAGGUUUUUUCCCAUUCCUGGCAGCCCGAUGGUGGACAUUAUCGCUGGGAAAGUGAUGGGCAGACGGGUUUUUCGAUCGAAGAAGUAGAGGGGCAACGCCGCGGAGCGAAGAUUGUAGUGCAUCUCAAGGAAGAUCACGAGGAAUUUGCGAAGGCGGAUACGAUUAAAAGCCUGAUUGAGCAGUAUUCUAAGUUUGUUUCUUUUCCGCUCAAUCUCAAUGGUGAAUUGCAGAACAAGGUCGAAGCUCUGUGGCUGAAGUCGAAAAAUGAGGUGAGUGAUGAGGAGUAUCAGGAAUUUUAUCAAUACUGCGCGCAUGCCGCGGACGAACCACGCCAUGUUUUACACUUCAAUGCUGAUGCUCCAUUGGCCAUCAAUGCGCUGCUCUUCACGCCGCAAGAAAACCAUGAGCGUUUUGGCUUUGGUCAGAUGAAGCCGGGGGUUUCAUUGUAUUGUCGGAAGGUGUUGAUCGAUAGUCAGCCUGAAGGACUGUUGCCGGAGUGGUUAAGAUUCCUCCGUGGGGUGGUGGAUAGUGAGGAUUUACCGUUAAAUAUUUCGCGCGAGUCAAUGCAGGAUAGCGCCUUGGUGCAGAAAUUGAAUCGUCUUUUGACAAAACGUUUCUUGAAGCAUCUCACGAAGGAGGCAAAAAGUGACCCAGAAAAGUAUCAUGAAUUUUUCGAGCGAUUUGGUCGCUUUAUCCGUGAAGGGAUUGCGGUUUCUCAUGAAUACCAUGACCUGUUGGCACCCUUAUUGCGCUUCGAGUCUAGCCUAGAAGACACAGGGAAAGUGACCUCUUUAACGGCCUAUGUGGAGCGGAUGAAGGAUGGGCAGGAUACCAUUUAUUACCUAGUAGGCCCAGAUCGGGAGACUUUGGAAAAUGGCCCGUAUGUCGAGGCCUUCCAGCAACGUGGCUUUGAGGUCUGCUACUUUACCGAUCAGGUAGAUGAUUAUGUUUUGGAAACUCUGCGUGAGUUUGAUGGCAAGAAGCUAGUGAGCGCUGAUCGAUCCGGCAUUGAA